GCGGAGCGUGGGGGCCGCGGUAAACAAUCGGGAGACGCUCCGGCGAGGUCAGAGUGUAGUAUAAAACGUUAAUGGAUGUCCAGGGCGCGUCGCUUCGUCGGCUGCUGGCCAGAGGUACUAGGAGGCGCUGGCAGGAGCCCUGGAGAGGAUGCACCUUUCCCCUGCCUUGGAAAGGGCAUGGAGGGGCCGGCGGCCCGGGAGUUGCAGGGCGCAGAUGCGCUGCGCCGCUUCCAGGGGCUAUUGCUGGACCGCCGCGGUCGGCUGCACGGGCAGCUGCUGCGCCUGCGCGAGGUGGCCCGGCGCCUCGAGCGCCUCCGCCGGCGCUCCCUGGCGGCCAACGUGGCCGGCAGCUCGCUGAGCGCGGCGGGCGCGGUCGCUGCCAUCGUGGGCCUCUCGCUCAGCCCCGUCACCCUGGGGGCCUCUCUGCUGGCGUCGGCCGUGGGGCUGGGGGUGGCCACUGCUGGAGGGGCCGUCACCAUCACGUCCGACCUCUCCCUGAUCUUCUGCAACUCCCGGGAGCUGCGGCGGGUGCAGGAGAUCGCAGCCACCUGCCAGGACCAGAUGCGCGAGAUCCUGAGCUGCCUCGACUUCUUCCUUCGCGGGCAGGGCCGCGGGGACCGCCAGCUGCUGCAGUGCGGAAGGAACGCCUCCAUCGCGCUGUACAACUCGGUCUACUUCAUCGUCUUCUUCGGCUCCCGGGGCUUCCUCAUCCCCAGGCGGGCCGAGGGGGCCACCAGGGUUAGCCAGGCCGUGCUGAAGGCCAAGAUCCAGAAACUGACCGAGAGCCUGGAGUCCUGCACAGGGGCUCUGGACGAGCUCAGCGAGCAGCUGGAGUCCAAAGUCCAGCUCUACACGAAGAGCAGCCGUGGCCACGACCUCAGGAUCUUUGCUGACCAGCCCACGGGGCUGUUUUUCUGAGAACAUCUUUUUCCCGUGAUGACUGAGGCCAGAAACCAUCCCCGUGGGAUGCUCCAGAUUUGUAGCUCCCUCAGGAAAACACCAAGUUGGGUUAGGAGCUGCAUGCAAAGGAUGAGAAAAACUGUUCUUCAAGUGGGGGAUGGGGGUGGGGAUGUGUCCUCCCAACCGUUCUUUUCCCAUCACUGUGACAUCCCACCUGGGGCUGAGUGCUAGGGACUUUCUACCUGCCUGAUCCUCAUGGGAUAUGUGACCUGAAAACUAUUUUCCCUUACCAUAACCGUUCAGUCUUCACACUGCUGGGCACUCCUGAUCUAAAGUUGUCGCAGCCGUCCCAGCUCCAACCCCGGUGGGUGGUUUGAGUGGAGGUUGGGGAGGGUUGCAGACGUCACCACCCUCUGGGUCUUCUCCAAGCCCCACUAGGCUUUGAGGCCCUCAAAAUACCUGUGAGAGGAGACACUAGCUUUAAAACCUCUGCCGAAGUUUCGGAGUACAAAGAACUCCAGAAUCCAGAGCAAAUCAGACCCUCUCUGAACUGUGCAGGAGGGUUCAGGACCCAAGAGAGGCACCUCCCGCUGACAUGCGUCCCCUCCCUCUCUCAGCGUGACCACGCGCAGAUCCAGCCUAGGGAGGGAGUAGACCUUUCUGGGCGGCUUUACAUCCAGACCUCCAGGUACUCUGAGAGGGGAAACCAACUAAGCGCUCACCUAAGUCCCACCGCCGUGCGGAAGAAGCUGAUGCUGAGGAAGAGGAAUUGACUAACGGCUUCAUUUACUGACAUCAUAGUGUAGAGAAGGGUGCAAUGGCUUUUGAGUUAGUCCUGGGUCUAUUGUCUGAGACUUGGCUUCCUGGUCUGUAAAAUGGAUGCUAAAACCUCACCCUGUUGGGAGGUCUUCAGUGAGAUCAAGUGCCAAGCACAGUGUCUGGGUUGCAAAGUGUGGCCCCUGGGCUGGCAGCAUCACAUGGGAAUUUGUUAGGAAGGCAAAUUCUUGGACUCAACUCUAGACUUAAGGAGUCAGAAACUCUGGAGAUGGGGCCCAGCAUCCCGUGUUUAAACAAGCCCUUGGGGUGAUUGGAUGCCUGCUAAGGUUUGAAAACCACCGCAACAGAGGUUAGUUUCCAAUCCCCUGAUGAGCUUUCGCGACGUCUGUAGCCUCUGUGGGUUCCAUGGUCUUCAGAGUCAUUUACAGAAAGUCAAGGACAGACCACGUCCCAGAAGUAAAAGAAAGAAGGUGCGUGGUGGCGGCUGCGUCAAUGCUUCCUAGGGCAAUUUCCCACCAGGUGAACUGAGGGAUGUAACAGAAUCAGCCCCUUAGAGGGCAGUGUUGCCCACUCCUUGUAGAAACUGGUACAGAAAGGAAUGUGAAUUUCAUUUAAAUUGACCUUUAUCACCUUCUCUAAAAACCUCCAGACCGUGUUUUUAAAAAUUAUUUAUUUUAAGUUUGUUAUUUAAUUACUGUUUAUUAUUAGCAUUUAAUUUUAUUUAACCACAAUAUCACAAAAUAAUAGGAAUAGCAAGUUUCUGAAUGGGAGACUACUGAGGUUCUUUUCAGGAGAUGAAGUUGAGUUUGCCUUUCUAAGGUGGGCCAUGAGCUGAAAAUAGCAUUGCUUUCCUUAAAUAAGUGUGUUUCCUUCAGAGGGGAAUUUUCCCCCCAGUGUUUUAAAUGAUCCUUUUAGGUAAACAUGGGAAGUUCUGAGUAGAGGGACCAGGAGCUGAAUUUUAAUGGAGGCUUGACUUGUCAAUAUAGAGAUGAUGCAAGCAUAUCUGUCCUGAAGGUACAAUAUUUUGUCAGCAGAUAACACUUGACCUGAAAAGCCUUCCCGAUUUAGUUCGGGGGGAAAAACAUUAGAGGCGUAUGAAGGAAGCACUUGGAAGCCUGAUGUCCAGUGAAAUUGGGUUUUAUGGACAAUAGACGAACUAGCUUGUGUUAUGGUCAUGUGUUAUAUUUUCACUUUGGGAGCUGUAAGAAAUCUGUAAGCUGUCUCUUAGAAAAUACUUCCAAUUUCUUCAAUUUCCAUUCCUACAAAUGUAUUGUUGAAAAGUCUUUGGGACCACACACACACACACACACACACACAAACUUGGCUGUAUUAUUUAAUUAUCUAAUAUGCUUUAAAGUUACCCAAUUGACCCCCCACCCAUGCUUCCCAAUGAUGGCAGUGUGUCUGAGGAAGUGUAAUUUCAGUGCUGGGGAGAGGGGUUGGUGUUUUUAUAUUUUUAUUUUCCUAUAAAUGGCAAUUGAUCUGUAUCCUGGUUUAUGGUGAAGUUGGUACCAGUUGGGUUUUUUUUGUUUUGGUUUUUUCUGUUUUUUUUUUUUUUUUUUUUUAAACUGGUGUCAUUUCCUAGAUUACCUUGCACAGAUGCUAGCAUUUUAGAUUACCAGAAUGUACUUCACAUGGUUAUGUUAUGUUAUAAAGGUACAAUCACUGCCUAACCUCAUCUCUUAUUAAUGCUUAAAUUUGAAUUAUAUUCUUCCAAUGCCUGAGCUGUUCCCUAGAAAUAAACUGGGCAGCUUUGGAAGCAGCAGCAGCAACCAUUUCACAUCAUUAGGGUAUUUCGAGUGUAUCAAAGUCUUAAACUCUUGAUGUUAUAAUAGCAGUGACCCAUUGUACAUCUAAGGCAGGGUGUCUACUUUGGAACAAUACUUUGCACAUUAUAGGAGCUCAGUAAAUGCAUUUGAAUAAUUUAAUGAACUGCUUAACUAUAUUAAUAGGAAUUUGUUGAUAAUGAAAGAUCAUCCAUCCUCUUAUGUGUCUGUUAUAAAGAAGGAAGCUCUACCAGGAUUUAAGUCAAGUUUAGUUAAAUGGAUAUUAGAGACAAAUAUUUUCUUUCUUUCUUUUGUGGGAAUGUGAAUAGGCUUUUCCCUAAGGCCUUUCUAUAAACAAACGAAUUGAAAUAGUAUGUUGUAAAGGGAAGAAGAGAAAGGGGUAUUUAGAUUGCAAGUGUACUUCAGUAAAAUAUCGAAGUUUGAAAAAUAAAUAUGUUCAUACUGAAGGUUUAAGUGCUUUUGUUGGUCUCUGGGGUUUACAAUCAUUUGAAUUGUUUUCUUUUACAAUAAAGGAGAUUCAUUUGGUUCUGCAUUUCAAGGAUUCAACUAAAACUGCUCGUACAUUCUACUCUAUUAAAAAGAUAAUCCUUAGCAGACAUUUCUGAUCCUAAUCACUUUGAUGCAUUUGUCCUCAGGCACCUGUCGUUUCCAAUCUGGUAAAUGUCAAAGUCAAAAGUAUUUACUGGGAGAAAAAAGAGAGAGGAGUGGUGUAGAAGCCACUCUAGAUCAGAUAUGUCAAACAAUUUGUCAACUUGAUAUAUUUCUCACUCAAAGCCCUGGUGUGAAAAGGAAGUAGAGGGAAUGGAGACAUUGAAAGACACUGUGCAGGGAUAAAUGGGGAUACCAUUAAAUGCAGCAAUUUUUGAAUUCCAUAUUUCUUCCCACUG